AUGAUCUAAGGAUUAAUUAGCAUUAUGUUGUAAAGGUAGGAUUAUAAUUUAAUUUGUUAGCUGGGAGUCUAAUUGCAAGGUCAAAAAUUAAGUUGACUAGUAUAAUGAAGCUAUAUUUAGGCAGUUAAAGCCUUGAAAAUUGAUCCAAAACAUUUCAAUUCAUUAUAUAAAAAAUAAAGUUAUUUUGAUAAAAUUUUAUAGCUGAAAGUCUAAGUAUCCUUGACCAAUAUAACGAAACCAUUAUAUGGUUAGAUAAAGCUUUGUAGAUUGAUUCAAAGCAUUGCAAUUCCUUAUCAGCUAAAAGUACUGAUUUUUCAGAAAUUUAUAGAUAUUUCACUAUAAUUCAAUAUAUUAGUAUUAAUUUAAAAAAUGUUAAAAAUUAUGAAGAAGCCAUAACUGUAAUUGAUAAAUCCCUUUAAGUAAAUCCCAAUCAUUUAGUUUCAUUAUGGUAAAAAUUUUAGAAAAUUUUCAAUAUAUUUAGGUAAGUUACUAUAAGAAUAGAAUUAUUAUUAAUAAGCCUUGAUGUAUUAUGGUAAGGCAUUAAAGCUAAAAAAAAAUCAUUAGCGGCCCAAAGAUAGGAAGAGUAAUAUGAUAUGAUAUUAUUAACAUUAAGAUAGAUACCUUGAUGCCUUGAAAAAGAAAUGA